ACUGAUCGAAAGAUAACACUGAAGGCAAGAGGCCUUUUAACAGCUCUCUGAAAAUCAACUGCCUCCCGAGCGUGUGCCUUGUGCCCGAGGCGGUCUCCACUGGCCGUGCCACGGGGUGAUGCCCAAGGUGCAUCACUUCCCAAGAAUUGGAUCAUGAACAACUUCAUCCUCCUGGAGGAACAGCUCAUCAAGAAAUCACAACAAAAAAGAAGAACUUCUCCCUCAAACUUCAAAGUCCGUUUCUUUGUUUUAACCAAAACCAGCCUGGCGUACUUUGAGAACCGUCAUGGGAAAAAGCGUACAUUGAAGGGCUCCAUUGAACUGUCCCGAAUCAAAUGUGUUGAGAUUGUGAAAAGUGACAUUAGUAUCCCAUGCCACUAUAAAUAUCCAUUUCAGGUUGUGCAUGACAACUACCUCCUGUAUGUGUUUGCUCCAGACCGUGAGAGCCGGCAGCGCUGGGUUCUGGCCCUUAAAGAAGAAACAAGGAAUAAUAACAGUUUGGUGCCCAUGUAUCAUCCUAAUUUCUGGAUGGACGGGAGAUGGAGGUGCUGUGCUCAGCUGGAGAAGCUUGCAGUGGGCUGUGCCCAGUACGAUCCAACAAAGAAUGCUUCAAAGAAGCCUCUUCCUCCUACUCCUGAAGACAACAGGCGAUCACUUCAGGAACCUGAAGAAACCAUUGUCAUUGCCUUGUAUGACUACCAAACAAACGAUCCACAGGAGCUCAUGCUACAACGCAAUGAGGAGUACUACCUGCUGGACAGUUCUGAGAUUCACUGGUGGAGAGUACAGGACAGGAACGGGCAUGAAGGAUAUGUACCAAGCAGUUAUCUGGUGGAAAAAUCUCCAAAUAGCCUGGAAACUUAUGAGUGGUACAAUAAGAGUAUCAGCCGAGACAAAGCUGAAAAACUUCUUUUGGACACAGGCAAAGAAGGAGCCUUCAUGGUACGAGAUUCCAGGACCCCGGGAACAUAUACCGUGUCUGUUUUCACCAAAGCCAUCGUAAGUGAGAACAACCCCUGUAUAAAGCACUAUCACAUCAAAGAAACAAAUGACAACCCCAAGCGAUACUAUGUGGCUGAGAAGUAUGUGUUUGACUCCAUCCCUCUCCUCAUCAAUUAUCACCAACAUAAUGGAGGAGGUCUGGUCACUAGACUCCGGUAUCCAGUUUGUUCCUGGAGGCAGAAAGCCCCGGUCACAGCAGGACUGAGAUACGGGAAAUGGGUGAUUGAUCCCUCAGAGCUCACUUUUGUGCAGGAGAUUGGCAGUGGGCAGUUUGGGUUGGUGCAUCUUGGCUACUGGCUCAACAAGGACAAGGUGGCCAUCAAAACCAUUCAAGAAGGGGCUAUGUCAGAAGAAGACUUCAUAGAGGAGGCUGAAGUCAUGAUGAAACUCUCUCACCCCAAACUGGUCCAGCUGUAUGGGGUGUGCCUAGAGCAGGCUCCCAUCUGCCUGGUGUUCGAGUUCAUGGAGCACGGCUGCCUGUCGGAUUACCUGCGCAGCCAGCGGGGGCUCUUUGCUGCAGAAACCCUGCUGGGCAUGUGCCUGGAUGUGUGUGAGGGCAUGGCGUACCUGGAGGAGGCAUGUGUCAUCCACAGAGACCUGGCUGCCAGAAACUGUCUAGUGGGAGAGAACCAAGUCAUCAAGGUGUCUGACUUUGGGAUGACAAGGUUCGUCCUUGAUGAUCAAUACACCAGUUCCACAGGCACCAAGUUCCCGGUGAAGUGGGCAUCCCCGGAAGUCUUCUCCUUCAGCCGCUAUAGCAGCAAGUCAGAUGUGUGGUCAUUUGGUGUGCUGAUGUGGGAAGUCUUCAGUGAAGGCAAAAUCCCGUAUGAAAACCGAAGCAACUCAGAAGUGGUAGAAGACAUCACUACUGGAUUUCGCUUAUACAAGCCCCGGCUGGCCUCUGUGAAUAUCUACCAGAUCAUGAGUCAUUGCUGGAAAGAGAAACCAGAAGACCGGCCACCUUUCUGCAGACUCUUGAGUCAACUGGCUGAACUUGCAGAAUCAGGACUUUAGCAGAGACUCAGCACCAGGCCACGGGCUGCGGAUCCUCAAAGGGGGAAGCAAAUUCUCUCUUCAUAGAGCAUUAAAAGCUGCCACCAGCCCAGAAUUCCCUGGAGGCAGACCCUGAGAGAGGCGGGCGUCUCAGCCCCUGACCUGGGAGAGAGGCCCGAGCAGCAGCCUCUUAUCUUGUGCGGUUCGCAAACCUCAACGUGACAGCUUUCAGGCACCAUUUCUUGCACUUCUUAGAGAAAAGAAGAGACAUGGUAGGGCUGUGGAUUAUUAUUUUUAUCAUUGUUUCAAACAUGGAUCUAAAGUGUAUGGUCGAGGGAUUUUCACUUGGCCCGGUAAUACAGAAUCCUAGGAUGUGGGGCAAGAGGAAUGAGGAGUGGGGCUCUUUUUCAAGAACUGGUGAGUUAAUUAAGGUCAGAAAGAGGAAGCUCAGCCGCUGGGAUUCUGUUAGCCACAGCUUCCUGCCGUAGAGGAUGAUGGGACAGGCGCUCAUAGUUGAGUCCAGAUAGGCUGAGAAGCCCCUUUAGGAGGUUUUAUUCAUCGAGCACACUGCCACCUCCCUCCUUGAAGGGAGGUGAUGGACUGGGGUGAACAAUUCCGAUCCCAUGGUUGGAUCUAGCGUCUGGACAGAAAGAGGGCAUCAGAUGGUGGGGAGCCAACUCGUACAGAGAAAGGCCUUAGGUUGUUACCACUCCAAGGCCCACCUUCAGUACCAAGCCGGGCUGGUGACUGUGCCUCCCCUUCUGCACAGAUUGCUUCUGCGGGCAUCCGGGGAGAAGAUGAUUGCUUCUGGACACCGACUCUGACUGAGGCUCCACCCUCAGUUUUUCUGGCCUCUGGGAUUAGUCCCCUCUCUGCACUCUUCCACCCUCACCAGCAGAGGGCAGCAUUGCGUUGGGCAGUGUGGCCUUGCAGAGACCUGGAAGCUGGUUUAGGCCCUAGAGAUUUGCAACGUGAAGGCUGAGGCUUCAAGUCUCCUGAAAGUCUAGGAGAGGAACGAGGGGUCUGUUCUCACUCAAACCAUCUGGAUGGAAAGUGAGUCAAGCACUGAAUGGGGUGCUUCCAAGAUGCACAAGGCAGCCUACUGUUGAUGGAGCGCUGAAAUAUGCAAAGUGAAUAUGUACUGAACUACAGGCCUUACGUGCAGAGUUUCGUUUCAUCCUGAGUUCACACCACCCCCGUGAGAAUGUAUUCUUAUUCCCAUUUUACAGAUGAUGGAACUGAGGCUUUAAAAAGCCAAGACAGCUUGCCAAAGUGACAGAGCUAGGAAAUGUAAAGCCCACGUCUGUCUGCUGCCAAUGCCGUUUCUUUAUUUCUAUUCAACACUUCCUUCUACUGAGGAUGAAAGGGGUUGCAGAGGAGAUAAAUACAGCUGGGGGAAAGACAUAGAAAGCCAAUAAAGAAGUCAACCACCAAGUGAUGUUUCUUCCGCAUAGGCCACUAUCGUUGGCCAUGUAGCCCUCCAACUUGGAAUAGGAUCUUCUUUUUCUCAUCUGUCUUCCACCUUUGUUAGAGUUAAUGACUUUGGAGUUACUCGGUUAAUUAACCCUCUGAUUCACCCACCCCUCCAGAGUCAUGUUACAUGAAGCCAUUUAUAGGUGAGCUUCAAAGCAGUUUUGAAAGAUCCGCCUGCAGGUGUAUAAAUGCUUCCUUUAAUUAUCAUUUCGACUUUGAGCCAGCUGCAGUAUUCUUGGGCACUUUGUGGAGAAGGGUAAUCCCUGAUGUAAAAGAGAUUUCAUUUUCCUACAGUGUUCACAUAAAACUUUUAGAGAGAUUAUUAGAUGGUGUUACAAUUAACUCUUUCUAAAUCGUGUGAUAUUUUGACCAGCUGGAGAUUCAGAUGCAUAACUUGUAACUAUAAUUAUUGUGAAACUGGUUGCCUUAAGAUAAAACUCUAUCAUUCAGAAGAUGAUCUUACUCAACAUAUCCAAAAUCAUCCCUGUUUACUCUCUGGUAUUUUGUACAUUCUCUUGUGGAACCCUUAAUUAGAGAUGAUUUCUGGAGCAUCCAGCCUGAAGGAAAACAUCAAAAUUGGCUGAUUUCUGUGGUCUGGUUUCAAAAACUGCCCCUUGCAUGGUGUUAUUGUGUUCAAGCUCAGAUUCCCUGGGGCCUUCACUGAACAUGUUAACUCCCCAGUGUCCUAUCCUGCAAAAUGGGCUUCCUGCCUGUUUUUUUCUACCCCUCUCACAUUUUGAAAAUGGUACCAUGUGUUCACAGGGAAUUCCCUUAUGCAAAGUUUUGGUUCUAGGUGCAUUUUAUAGAUUUUGCAUUUUGUACCUUUUGAGAACUAUUUAUACUUGGAUGUAUUGAAUAUUUAUUCAUUUACAGUAAUUGCUAGUAUUCAUAAUAAAAAUGUUACAAAUAUCUCUAACCAUUUAUAAAGCGCACUUAGUUAAAGGACAGAUCUAGCAAAUAAAGCUGUACAUUUUAAUAAAUACAGUAUAUAUGACCUGGGUUCCAUAUUUGCCCAAAUGUCAAACAACCAAAAAUUUUCCUUAAAUAAAAAUGAUUACACGGCUUCAUGUUCCGCAAACAA